AUGCUUAAAAAACUUCUGGCGCUUAAGCCUCUCACAAAAGUAAGUAUCUUUCUUGAAUAUCAAUUUUCAAUGUAUUCUUCAGGUCUUACUCGUUGGAAGUGGUACUGGAGCCGCUUAUACCGCCUACUCUAUUGACUCCCCUGAAGAUUUGCGACAAUUGGGAAUAUUAAGAUUCGGAAGAGCUGCAGCAACCGUAAGUCGUCCAAUUCUUGUUGAAAAGUACGCAAUUAAUGUAGGUAGGUAAGAUCGUAGUGGACUACAAAAGCUCUUUGCGUGGUCUUCCGGAGCCCUCCGCCGAAUACGAUGACGCAAUAAAAAAGUGUCAUAAACGAAGUGCAGAACAUCUUCUGGAACUGGCAUGCACUAAUGGGGGCGUCUUCAUUAAGGUACGAAGCCAAAGCUGUGCUAGAAACAUUAAAAACUAAAACUUCAGGUUGGGCAGCACAUUUCCGGCAUGGAGUAUCUCAUUCCAUCCGAGUACACGGAAACUCUCGGUGUGCUCACUUCACAGGCUCCACAGGCAUCAAAAGAAGACGUCAUUUACGUGUUGGAAUCGGAAUUGAACGCGAAACUCGACGAUUUAUUCACAGAGUUCUCGGACAAGCCAGUCGGAGCAGCGAGUCUUGCACAAGUUCACAAAGCCAAGUUGAAAGAGACCGGAGAGACGGUGGCGGUGAAAGUGCAGCACAAAAGAGUGUAUAGGAACAGCAGAACGGAUGUGAAGACGAUGGAGUUCCUCGUGAAUGUAGCUGAUGCGGUCUUCCCCGAAUUCCGUCUCAUGUGGCUUGUCGAUGAAAUAAAGAAGAACCUGCCGAACGAACUGGAUUUCAUGCACGAGGCCAAAAAUGCCGACGAAGCAGCUUCCCGCUUUAAGCACCUCAAGUUCCUGCGGAUUCCAAAAAUCAAGUACGAACUGACGACAAAGAGAGUGCUCACGAUGGAGUUCUGCGAAGGAGCGCACGUUGAUAAUGUGGAGUACUUGAAGCAGCACAAAAUCGAUCCGCACGAUGUCUGCGCGAAAAUAGGAAGAACCAUUUCGGAGAUGAUCUUUCUGCAAGGAUAUCUUCAUUCAGAUCCACAUCCCGGAAACGUUCUGAUCAACAGUCAAGGCAACGGAAAGUAUGAGAUAGUGCUUCUCGACCACGGACUGUACUUGGUAAGUUUGAGAAUGAAGAAUUCAUCCAAGCAUUCAAACCAUUCAGAAUAUCAGUGAUCACAUUCGAAAGCUGUAUUCUGACCUCUGGCUAGCUAUUCUGAAGCCAGACCUGCAAGAAAUUCGAGUAUGACAUUACGCAAAGUAACGAAUUAGACAAAGUUCCUUCCAGAAAGUGGCCAAUCAAAUGGGCGUCGGUGAGCUGUACGGUUUGUUCGCUUGCAUGGUGACUCGCCGUUCGUGGAAAUCCGUGACGAGCGGAAUCGAUCGGUCAAAAAUGAAUGACAGUGAAAAGGAUGAGUUGAGGAUGUACGCGUCGUCCCUUAUCCCUCAGAUCAGCGAGGUGCUGGCGCGAAUGCCUCGGGAGAUGCUUCUGAUCCUGAAGACGAACGAUCUGAUGCGAAAUAUCGAGCAUAAGCUGGGAGUGUUCGGAUUCAGUGAUGGGCAUAUAGAGGUAAAAAGGAAAACAUCUAUCAGGUGAACGUUACAACUUCGGGCAGACAAAUUCUAGAAAAUAGAACUUUUCACUUCGAAAAAUGAGCUUCCUUAUUUCAGAUGUCCCGCUGUGUCAUCCGAAGCUCUCACGAACUGGCAAUCCGUCGUUCGGACAGUCGAAUCGAGAAGUUCCGCCUCGGUUUCCACAUGUACUGGUCCCUUCUGAAGCUCUUCGUUUACCGAUACUACCUCAGAAUUACCAAUGCUCACUAG